AUGGUUUCGUUUGAUGAUCUUCAAUUCAACCCUAAAGAGGAAAAACUUCCUAAUGAACUCAUUAUGUCAAGUAAGGAAUACAAGAUCCUCAACUCAAAACUCAACUAUCUUCUUCAAAUUAAAUCAGAUACUGGAGGAAAUAACUAUUACAAAGACUUGCAUGGCAAAGUUUAUUUUUAUUCUGGUGUAAUUACUCGAUUGGUUGAGUUCAACACUGAGUACACGAAACAGUUUGAAGACAAGUCAGAGAAGGAUGCAAAGGUGUUUGAAAAGUUGGAAGAAUUCGUGUCUGGCAUUAAGGAAACUUUAUCAAAGGUUUAUCUUUCGAAUCAAUCACAUCUCUUAAGAAUCUCUCUCAUAAAUGGUUUUGAACAUCGAGUCAAACAUUAA